AUGAGCUCGUUUGCAAACUCAGUCUGGCGGUGGUGGCUGGGGAGGGAGGAGGGUGAGGGGGUGCUGGGAAACAAAGAGGGGGGUCCUGUCCCCCCAAAAAGCCCUGGGAUGGAGCGUCCUGAUCCUGGGGGGCUGCAGGAGCUGGAGAGGGUGUUGGUGUCAGAGAAGAGCUGGAGGCCCUGCCCCAAAGCCCGGAGGAGGCUCCGAGGGUGCCUGGAGUGGGUGAAGCAGCAGCUUUUCCGCGUCGGGGAGGAUUGGUAUUUCCUCUUCUUCCUGGGGGUCCUCAUGGCCAACAUCAGCUUCAUGAUGGACUUCCUUGUCUCCAGGCUCUAUGAGGCCCACCGGUGGCUUUACCAGGAGAUUGGGGACAUCCUAGUGCUCAAGUACCUCUCAUGGACCAUGUACCCAAUGGCUCUGGCUGCCUUCUCCACCGGCUUCUCCCAAAGCAUCACCCCACACUCAGGAGGCUCUGGCAUCGGGGAGCUGAAGACCAUCCUGACAGGGGUGGUGCUGGAGGACUACCUGGCCAUCCACAAUUUUGGAGCCAAGGUGGUGGGGCUGACCUGCACCCUGGCUUGUGGAAGCACCCUUUUCCUUGGCAAAGUGGGUCCCUUUGUCCACCUCUCUGCCAUGGCCGCUGCGUACCUGGGGAAGAUGAGAACCUCGAUCACUGGGGAGUAUGAGAACAAGUUCAAGCAGCACGAGAUGCUGGUGGCAGCACAAGCUGUGGGGGUGGCCACGGUUUUUGGGGCACCCAUCAGUGGGGUUCUUUUCAGCAUCGAGGUGAUGUCCUCCCACUUUGCUGUCCGGGAUUAUUGGCGCGGCUUCUUCGCCGCCACCUGCGGCGCCUUCAUGUUUCGCCUCCUCACCGUGUUCAGCAGCGAGCAAGAAACCAUCGUCGCCGCUUUUAAGAGCGACUUCAAGCUUGACUUCCCCUUCGACCUCCUGGAGACCUUCUUCUUCCUCAUUUUGGGGGAGAGGGGGGACACACACCACCCUGGGCUGUGGCAGGAGUGGUGCCACCCCUCGGCCACCAUCUUCGGCACCUUGGCCUUCUUCCUGGCGAUGAAGUUCUGGAUGCUGAUCCUGGCCACCACCCUGCCCCUGCCCGCCGGGUACUUCAUGCCCAUCUUCAUCUACGUGACCCACGCUGUGUCCACGGCUCUGCUGGUGUGUGAGGCCACUGGUCACCUGGGCCACGUCCUGCCCACGGUCCUGGCCGUGCUGGUGGCCAACGCCAUCACCCAGAAGCACCAACCCUCCUUCUACGAUGGCCCCAUCAUCGUCAAGAAGCUGCCCUACCUGCCCCCCAUCCGCAGCCGGCACAUGGCGUAAGCCCCCCCCCCAGCCCCGGGUUUCCAUAGGAUCCCAGAGUGGUUUGGGUUGGAAGAGACCUUAAAGACCAUCCAGAUCCAACCCCCUGCAUGGGCAGGGACACCUCCCACCAGCCCAGGGUCACCCAUUCUGGUGGGCACCAUCAGCAGAACCCAGCUGGUCGCCUUCCUCCAGAGCCACAAGCAUCCCCAGGCACCCCCAGAAGAGAAGCUGGCCACCCCGGGGACACUUGGGGACAACUGCACCAUCCAGCCCAUCAUGCUCCAGCUCUCACCUUGGACCUCCCUGCACCAGGCCCAUCACCUCUUUGAGCUGCUGAAAUACCCCUUUUAA